AUGAAUAGCUUUAUAACUCAACAGCAGACAUCGAGAGAGCGCCCUCUUGGGAUGAACUUCUAUGGUGAACAAGAAAACGAGUCUUCCCCAGAGAAUGAAAGACCCUUGCUGAGAAAUGCUGUGCCCAGUUCUUCCAAACCUACAAGAUCCCACAGAUACCGCUUUUCUUUCGGGGAAUAUACGCAGAAAGACGGCUCUACGUGUGCGCGUUCGUGCAUAGACAUGGGGUUGGCUUUGGUUUUAGUUGCUGUUUUUUUGGGAGGCAGUUUCAUUCUGUACUGCAUGUACAACAAAAUAAGCAUUCUCAGCCUUUUCAGAAUAUUCCCAAAAAGCGAAAUGAAAGAAGUUGCUUCUGGGAAUGAAGCAGUCAUACUGGAUGUUACAUCCAAUGUCUCAGAUGCUGUCAGUACGACCAUAAGCAGUUCAGAAGUUACGCCCUAUAUGGAAAAUAUCACAGAUCCCGGGGAAAUUUACAUGAAUAGCACGCCAAAGGUUGGGAGUUCCUCACUGUGGACAGAAUUCGGGUCUAUAGAAGAUUCUUACAAUUCAACCAAAACCUCCACUAUUCCCACGAAUACUAGUGCUACAAUGGAACUGUCCACUUCUGCAAUAGAAGCUCUUAAUACCACAACAACCACUACUUCUGCAUUUGAUGAUGUAGAUGUCUUAAGCACUCCUAGUACUACAAUAGAAGCUCUUAAUACAACGACUACUACCACAACUACAACAACGACUACAACAACUACUACUCCUGUUAUACCUGCAUUCGAAGAUGUAGAUGUUUUAAGCACUCCUACUACUACAAUGGAAGAUCUUAAUACCACAACUACAACAACGACUACAACUACAACUCCUGUUAUACCUGCAUUUGAUGAUGUAGAUGUUUUAAGCAAUCCUAGUACUACAAUGGAAGAUCUUAAUGCUACCACAUCAACUACAACUACUACUACCCCCGCCACCCCUGCAUUUGAUGAUGUAAAUGUUUUAAGCACUCCUAGUACUACAACUGAAGCUCUUAAUACUACCACAUCAACUACUACCCCUGCAUUCGAAGAUGUGGAUGCUGUAAACACGGAACUGUUUGUAGAAUAG